UGCAAAGUCAAUAAGGGCAAGCUCUGCCUUUUGGCAGCCAUUCUAAGACUUCACCCCCAAAAACAAAAACUAGAACGGUUACAUCUUCAACCAUUCCAUAUUACACAUCUCUACAUAUUAUUUUGUUUUAGAAAAAAAAAUAUAAUAAAGAAAUAUAUUUUAUAUCUAUUUUUUUAACUUUCUUAUUUGGUUUUUUUUUUAUAUAUAUAUAUAUAUAAUUAAUAAAUUGUUAUGUGUCUUAGUGGUUGUUGUAUAUAAUUAUCUCUAUAGUAGUUUUCUCUCAAGAGAAAGAGUCAAAAAUCGAUAAUUCAAGUCUUCUGCAGCUUUGUUUCUGGAAAAAAUAGUAGAUUGGUGGAUCGAAGUGGUCGAUGUUGAAUAAUACAGGGAGAGCUUGAGGUGGGUUGGAUUUUAUGGAUAAUCUAUGUUGCUUCAAUUCUGUCUAUUCUCAGGUUGUUGGGGGACGGUCUUCAUGUAGCUCCGGGAAGGGCAGGAGCCAUCAGGCCUCGGUCAAGUAUGGGUUCAGCCUGGUUAAAGGAAAAGCAAAUCAUCCCAUGGAAGACUAUCAUGUAGCCAAAUUUGUUCAAAUGCAAGGACAUGAACUUGGACUAUUUGCUAUAUAUGAUGGGCAUUUGGGAGAUAGUGUACCUGCUUAUCUACAAAAGAACUUAUUUUCUAAUAUCUUAAAGGAUGAAGAGUUCUGGACCGAUCCCAGCAGGUCCAUUUCUAAGGCCUAUGAGAGAACAGACCAGGCUAUUCUUUCUCACAGCCCAGACUUGGGACGAGGAGGAUCCACGGCAGUUACUGCCAUUUUGAUAGACAACCGAAAGUUAUGGAUUGCCAACGUCGGAGACUCACGAGCAGUUCUCUCAAAGAAAGGACAGGCAGUUCAGAUGACAAUUGAUCAUGAACCUAACACUGAGCGUGGUAGCAUUGAGAACCGAGGUGGCUUCGUCUCAAACAUGCCAGGAGAUGUUGCACGGGUUAAUGGGCAGCUGGCAGUUUCUCGAGCAUUCGGAGACAAGAAUCUUAAGUCACACUUGCGCUCUGAUCCCGACAUAAAAUCUGAAGAUAUUAACUCAGACGCCGACUUUCUCAUCCUUGCAAGUGAUGGUUUAUGGAAGGUUAUGUCUAACCAAGAAGCAGUUGAUGUUGCAAAAAAGACUAAAGAUCCACAGAGGGCAGCGAAACAAUUAGCAGCGGAGGCACUAAACAAAGACAGCAAAGAUGACAUAUCAAUCGUUGUAGUUCGUUUCAAGGGGUGAAAGACGAAGAAAAAUAUACUAUUUACUAAAGCUUCUGAAAUUUGUUUUUCUGGGGUGGUUUUUGCGUCGAACGCAACAUUACGUGCCAACCUCAGACUGGAAACUCUCUUAAAGAAAAUCAAAGCAUAAGUUUGGAAUUUGUUUCCAAAGAAGUAGGCUAUAUAUAUAAUAUAUAUUUGUUUGUAAUCUUUUUUCUUUUCUUUUCUUUGCCUUGUAAAAUUUAACUUGUUGCUUAUAGUUUGUGCGGUUUAUAUUUACUUUUAUUUAUUGGUCGUGUAGAUACACAUACCAUCAUUUGUCUUCUGUAAUUUGCUAUGUGACUUCAGUUCAGAGUACUUGGGGAGUUAGUCAGCCCUGCAACUUAUAUAAUUUAUGCUUGUAGUGGAGACAUGUUUUUUUUUUUUUUAUAUAUAAUAUACCAAAACAAUUCCCUUUA